GUCACUCAGCCUAUAAAAGCCAAAAAUCAGUGUUGUGCUGUCGCAGAGACUUGUGGGUAAUGCAUGCACGAUGCAUCCAGUUUCUCUUGGUCAACCCAGCUGACUGGAUCCUCGGCGUCAUUCACCCGAGCAAUGCCGCAUUUCGGCUUAACUCGUGAAUGAAUGUUAACGCGAUAUCUUUGUCAGCUUCUUUGAACCUUUCGUCGGAUUAUCAUGAGUCGAAGCGAGCAUUCGUUACAGGCGCUGUCGUGGAGAAAGCUUUACUUAAGCAGAGCCAAACUCAAAGCGUCCAGUCGCACGUCGGCUCUUUUAUCAGGCUUCGCAAUGGUGGCCAUGGUAGAAGUACAGCUUGAUAGCAAUCACGACUAUCCUCCAGGACUGCUCAUUGCUUUUAGCGCCUGCACCACUGUGUUGGUUGCCGUCCACUUGUUCGCCCUCAUGGUGAGCACCUGCAUCCUACCCAACAUCGAAGCGGUCAGCAACGUGCACAACCUCAACUCUGUGAAGGAAUCACCUCACGAGCGAAUGCAUCGCCACAUUGAGCUGGCCUGGGCAUUCUCCACCGUCAUUGGAACGCUGCUCUUCCUGGCUGAAGUGGUCUUGCUGUGCUGGGUGAAAUUUUUACCCAUAAAGCCUAAAAACCAGAAAAAUGGCACGGUCUCUGCCGGAGUGGCUGCUGCGAUAACGUCUACCUCUAUCAUGGUGCCUUUCGGCUUGGUUUUUAUCCUCUUUGCUGUGCAUUUCUAUCGCUCUCUGGUCAGCCACAAGACUGACAGGCAGUUUCGGGAGCUGGAGGAAUUGGAGGACUUGCAAAAUGAACUGGACCAUAGAGGAGAGGCAGCUACCUUACAAUCUCAAAGGCCUCUUUACCCUUAAUUUUGAGUUUGUGGAAGAGUUGAUAUGUAAAGUUCUGUGUCUGUCAUAACUUGUGUUCUUAACCGUAGUUUCGAUCUAUUUGUUGCAUGUUGACACCAAAGUGUCCAGUUUUAUAUGCGUUCUGCAUUUGUGUACUGUUUUGCUAGUUUGGAAAAACAUUUAUUUGAGCUUACUGUGAAUGCAUGCAUUGCAUGUUCAUUAUAUUUGUGUAGUGCUUUCUAUUGUAUUCAUCCUUUUUACAUCUACUUAGUUCUUUAUUUUCAGUAUGGCAGCUUUGCCGACUUUGUUUACCCAGCAAGAGUCUUAAGUGAAAUGUUACAUUUUUGAACCUCUAGUGUCAUCACAAGGAAUUGCAGAAAAAUCAUAGCUGUUUUCAAACUUAAGUUUUCCAAACCCAACCUCAAACGUGCCAUUGGUUAAAAUAGUGUUCAACCCUAACCAUUAUUUGACAAAAGAGGUUUUUUUAACAAAACGAUGAUAUGGUUUACAUUUUAAAGUGAGUAAUUAUGUAUGCUGGACACCCAAAGACUACAAAACAUUUAUUUUAUUAAUGUACAUGGAACACUUUUAUGUCUGUUUGCUAUGACAUGGCUAAAUCAAAACCAAUAACUUGGAAUCUCCAUCAAUUAAUUGAUAACAUUUUCAAUUUUAAAAUGUGCUCCUGCCAUAUUAAUAGAAAUGAAGGCACUUUAUACAACAGCAUCAUGGUUUUAUGUCCUUUUUUGUAGGAAUUCAUUGUCCUAUUAAAUGGACCUUUGAUCAUUUUCAAAUUUGGAAGCAAGCACUUAUUGCUGUCAGAGUUGGCAGGAUUGUAUGAUUAUAUUAGCAGUCACUUUUUAACAAAGUGUUUGACUAUCUCUGGAGUGUUAACCAUGUAGUUACGUCAGCAGAUCUCGAUAAAGCGAUUCAAGUGGUAAAGUAUGAUUUCCAGAGAUCAAAAAAUAUACAAAAGUUGCCCUUUAACGAUCUUGUUCAAUAUUGCAAAGUACAGUUCAAUGAAAUUAAAAAAAUAUGACAUUGUAAGUCAUGUUGAAUGUUUGGAAAUGUAUAAUUCUCACAUGAACUGUUAUCACUGCAAACAUUGCAGGGAUUUGAUCACUGUCUAUUGAUAUAUUUUUAAAUAAAGUCUUAAAUAAAACUACA